AUGGACCACUUCCGCGGCUUAUUUGAUAAACUCGACAAGAAUAAAGACGGGUUUAUAUCUACAGAGGAGCUGCAGAGUGAAAUGCGAAGGAUAGGUGUGGAACCAGUUUGUGAAAAGGUUCAAGCUAUCAUGUCCAGUUAUGACCAAAAUGAGGAUGGACGUCUAAGCUAUCAGGAAUUUCUUAUUUACAUGAUGGACAAAGAGAAGAAAUGGAAAAUAGAUUUCCAUGCCCUUGACAGAAAUAAAUGUGGGUCCAUUGACCUGGAGGAUAUAAUGUCUCUGUUUAAGGAAUUAGGUUUGGUCAUAUCAAAACCCAACGCAAAGCGGAUCAUUCAAAUGAUGGAUGAAGACAACUCUAUGACGGUAGACUGGGAGGAAUUCCUCCAGCACGUCAUCAUUAACCCAGCAGAAAACAUUGGAGAGUUGGUAUCUUCCUGGAAACAUAACCUGGUGUUUGAUGUAGGAGAGAGUCGCUCUAUGCCUGUUGAGUUAACCCAGCAGGAGACUGACCUGUCUAUCUGGGGGAACUUUAUAUUGGCCGCAGGAUUGGCAGAUGCUGUGUCUAGAACUGUGACAGCACCAAUAGACCUGUUAAAGACACGACUUCAGGUUUUUGGAUCCAAAGCUGUGUCUCUGGGAUUCCGAGAGCUGCAGACUGGAGGUUUUAGAUCCUUGUGGCAAGGAAAUGCUGUGAAUGUUCUUAAAGGAACACCACAAUCAACGCUUCAGUGCUUCAUCUAUGCCCAGAUGAGGAUGUACACGCUUGGCGAGAGGGACAGUCUGUCGGUCCAUCAAAGGUUUGGACUGGGCUGUGUGUCAGGGGCCGUGGCACAUGCCGCGUUCUACCCCUUAGAGGUAUUGAAAGUUAGACUCAAUCUCCAGCCUGCUGGUACCUACAAUGGAGUUUUAGGAUGUGCCAGGUUGAUUUACCAGAACGAGUCUGUGUCAGCUUUCUACAGAGGGUUCAAACCCAGCAUACUCUGCAUGAUCCCUUAUGCUGGAGUGGAAUGCGCAGUGCAUCAGGUAAUACAGGGCACUGGAGGAGCUUUCUGUUCAAGCUCACAGAAGCCUACAGAUGCUCUUCAAGGACUCUUUGGAAUCUAUGAGAAAUAUGGAGUCAGAGGUUUUUAUAAUGGAAUGGGUGCUAGCUUUCUAAGAGCGGUUCCUUGUGCUUUACUGAAUUACACCCUGACCUCAAAAUUUGAGACAUUGCUUUCUUCAUUAUUAUAA